UGUUUUCGAGGAAUACUUGGACAGUCAUUUUCUGAAUCACCAAAAGCCUCGUAUAGCUCAAAAAUAAUUUAUUUGCUGAUUUUUUUACUUGGAAUAAUGAUUGUAACUUCAUACGAUGCAUUUCUUCAGUCAUUUAUGACCCAACCACCAAGGGAAAAAAUUAUAAAAUCCUUUGAUAUGUUGGAAUCAUCAGGCUUAAAAAUCUACACUUUCCAAAAUGAUAUUGAUGUUUUAUUGUCCAAACAUAGACCAUUAUUUGCACAGAAAUAUUCUAACCUAUUUCAAGCCGAAACAAAUUUUAAGACCUUUGUAAACUUUCGAGAUAAUUUAAAUACAAAAUAUGCCUACACACUUAACAGCGACAAAUGGCAAAUUUAUAAGAAUCAACAAAAUUUCUUUGGUCAACAAUUGUUUCGAUGGUCUGAUGAAUUGUGUUUGGUGGAUAAUUUAUUAUCGGCUAUUGUUAUAAAUGAAAAUUCAAUUUAUAAAAAUAUAUUAAAUACUCUUAUUUUAGAAACUCAAUCAGCUAAAUUGUUGGAUUAUUGGAUGAGAAGAGCUUUUUAUGAGUUAAUUGAUAUUGGACGAAUUGAAAAAUUAAAUUAUGGAUUUGAACAGCAAUUGGAACCGUUGAAAGUUGAAGACUUGAAGUGGAUUUGGAUGUGUUUGGAAUUGGCGUUUCUAAUUGAUAUUUUGUGUUUCGUUGGGGUAUUCAACUCAAGAAAUCUCAUUGAAUGUUUUUCAGUUCAGUCCAAAAUGGCGAACGACGAACAAAGUUAUUUUGUUCGAGUUUUGUGGUUUUAA